AUGCCUAACGCUUUAUCACGUGAUUUUGUCUAUCAAAAACCCAUUGUCGAUCUUGUUCCAGCAAUGGACCAAAACAUGUCAUCUCCUGAUCCACUCGACGAACCCUUGGAUCUUGACCAAGUUUACGCUUUAUUCGGUCUUGAUCCUCCACACGAAACCUGUUCAACACAUGAUGUAUCCUCUUUAUCCGACAUUCCACAAGACUCACCCUCAACAAUGGUUCAAUCCGAUAUAUUCCUCUCCCACCUAUCCCAACAUUCCACCACUUCUCCUGAAGUCGACUCAUCAAAUACGAAUUCCUACACUACCAAACUGAAAAACCCACCUAUACCCUUGACUCUCUCACAUGGCACCCACAUGGAUACCACGUCCAUCUUAGAGGGUAUGGACAUUCCCGUUACUGCUUUCCCAGGUCAAGAAUGGCUCAAUUUCCCAGAUACAGCCCCUCUAUCUCCUCCGCAGACUAUGUCAUUAUCAGUCCAAAAGACGUUGACGAAGUCCUCAAGAGGACGGAAACGUAAAAUCGUCAAGAUCUCAGAUGGUAAAGUGACUAAAAAGGUCAUAUCGAAAGGAAAAAGCACGGGAAAGAAAGAAAAAGACGCAGCGAUUUUGAAGAAGGAAUUGGUAGCUUUGACAAAGCGAUUUUUCAAAUCUUUCACAGAACUUGUGGAUAAGGUAGGGGAGGAUGUGGUACGUUUGGCUAUGAUGAAUGAUCAUGGGGAUAUCAGACUGAGUGAGAUGUUAGAUAUGGCUAGAAAGAGUCGCGUGUCUUUGACCUCAUUACCUCCGCAGAAAAAAAGACGAAAAACCAAAAGACAAUCUUCCUCCCCUCCAUCAGAGAUCCCACAUACUCCUCCCGAUCCAUCCAGCUCUAUCAAUCCGAUCAUUGCUCAAGACCACCCCUCCACGUCUGACGAUCAGUCCAGAGAGAAUACCACCAGUCUUGAACCUCAACCUGAUAGUACUAUCCCUCGCAUAAGGGGCAAAGAAAUUGACACAAGAUCUCACCCAGACGAAGUCGUCGCGGCGGAAGAUCUACCUACAGACGUCGUCAGAGGUCCAUGGCGUUCUGUAGAGAUCACAAGGCUUCAACAUCUGUACGACCUUUGCGUUUCUCGGGCGGUUGGAAAAGGAGUUGAGAAAGAAAUCUUGAUUGAUGGGGAAGAGAGAAGGAAAGCGGUGACGAAAAGUGGGGAGGUGGACUGGGAAUGGAUAACGAGUCGAUUUGGUAAGACGAGGAGUAAACAUCAGAUCUUGGUACAAGCUGUGAAAAUGGGUUACAAGUCAACGACCACUAAACCUUGUAGGAGGGCACACCAAAAGUCUUUCCGCGAGAAAGAAGCGGCCAUGCGGGCGGAGAUGAUUGGGUCGUCUGCUAGUCCUGAAAACGAAUCACCUCCGACUGUCUCGCCCGGAUGA